AUGAAGGCUAUUUUGGACAGUAUAAGUGGGUUUAGGGUUUUCCUUCUUCUCCAAUCGACACCUCCUUAGACCUAUCAGAAAAACAGGAAAAAUGGAAGAAGCUUCAGUAGUAGCAGUGGACAACCAAAAGCCGCAGCAAGAGAAGCCUCACACUGAUGUUUUGCUUUUCAAUCGUUGGUCAUAUGAUGAUGUUCAGAUUGCUGAUAUUUCUGUUGAGGAUUACAUAACUGCUACUGCUAACAAGCAUCCUACAUAUACACCACACACAGCUGGGAGGUACCAAGCCAAGCGGUUUAGAAAGGCUCAAUGCCCAAUUGUGGAGAGGUUGACCAACUCACUGAUGAUGCACGGAAGGAACAACGGGAAGAAGUUGAUGGCCGUUCGUAUUAUUAAGCAUGCUAUGGAAAUUAUCCAUCUGUUGACUGACCUAAACCCAAUCCAAGUGAUUGUUGAUGCUGUUAUCAACAGUGGACCAAGAGAAGAUGCAACUCGUAUAGGUUCUGCUGGUGUUGUGAGGCGACAAGCUGUUGAUAUUUCUCCACUCCGUCGUGUCAACCAAGCAAUAUAUCUCCUCACAACUGGUGCACGUGAGAGUGCUUUCAGGAACAUCAAGACCAUAGCAGAAUGCCUUGCAGAUGAACUCAUUAAUGCUGCCAAGGGAUCUUCCAACAGCUAUGCUAUCAAGAAGAAGGAUGAGAUUGAGAGGGUUGCCAAGGCCAAUCGUUGAGGGUGCAGUAUGGAUAUUUACUAUUGGUUGGACAGUUUUGCUUCGAAACGUUGUUUGUUCUUUAUUUUUUAGUUGCUAGAAAGGCAUUUUGGAACUAGUAACGAGUUUUUCUGUUUGGGAAACUUGGAGUACAUUGGUAUUGAAUAUUAUAUGGGGGAAUUAGCAAAAAGCAAAAUUGAGCUUGCUGUUAUUCUCAGUUGAAAUGUCUGGUUGUUGUGUU